AUGAAAGUAUUAUCAGAAGAUAGAACGCGUAUUUUAUUUGAGAAAUUGACGAAAUAUAUUGGCGUCAACGUAAAACUAUUAAUUGACAGACCAGAUGGCACAUAUUGCUUUAGAGAAAAGAAAGACCGCGUGUAUUACAUUUCAGAACGACUUUUGCACUUGGCACAAACAUUGAAACCGGACCAUUUAAUUGCUGCAGGCACAUGUUUUGGAAAAUUCACAAAAACAAAUAAAUUCAGACUGCACAUAACGGCACUUACUUAUAUAGCUCCUUAUGCCCCAUAUAAAAUAUGGGUAAAGCCAUCUGCUGAACAGCAGUUCUUAUAUGGUCAUCAUAUAAUCAAGAGUGGUCUCGGCCGCAUAACGGAGAACACACCAAAACACCAUGGAGUAGUUGUAUACACAAUGUCAGACAUUCCUAUUGGGUUCGGUGUGGCCGCUCGCACAACAGCUGAAUGUAGACACGCUGACCCUCUAGCCACUAUUGUGUUCCACCAAGCCGAUGUGGGAGAGUACAUACGGUCCGAGGAUACCCUUACGUAG